AUGGCAGAGUUCGGCCUCGAACAGACAGGAACAGUCGAAGAGCUGCGAAGACGUUUCUCUUCAUUUAUACAAGAAGAAAGUAACAACGAAGACUACCAAACGCGGUUCGAAGAGCUAGAAGCGAAACACUCGAAGCCUGCGCUGAAUGUUACCGCAGCAACACCAAGUGGAAGCCAGGGAGCCAGUGUCAUGCAGUCACCAAUGCCCGUUGACGCGUUUGAGACACCACAGCCAUACGCAACGUAUCCUACGACAUCGCUGGCAACCAUCAUGGACCGAGUCCGUAAGUGGGGUUUCAAAUGCGACAGCGGCCGAGACCCGCUCAGCUUCAGCGAACGUGUAGAAGAAUUGGCGGAAGUAUACGAGGUGAAUCGUGACUUGUUACCGCGGGCGAUGCCAGAACUACUUAAGGAGAAGGCGUUGACAUGGUUCCGCAGUAAUAACCGGAAUUGGCGACAAUGGGAGGACUUCAAGACAGACUUUCUAAGAAUAUUCAGAAUGAUUCGUCGGCAGAAAGUUCCCACUGCUAUCGAACUGCAAGCUAUUUUAGAUAGUUGGUCUGAUGGAGAUAGUGAUGGAGAGGAUAACUUUGUGCAACACGCAGACGCCGUUGAUAUUAUCAUAACGCCACCCGAUGUCGUCGAUAUUCUGAGUGACAAUGAGGAAUUGGACGACAAUGAUACCGUAAAUGAACCCGAUUUUGAACAAGAAGAAGAAGAUGAUACACCGGUGGCCUCGACAUCUAGUGGUCGUGGUCGCAAAUCAACGCUUAAAUCAAGUAAGGCACCUAAGCGACCCAGAAUCGAAGAGGGCAUGAAACCAAAAUGGUCUCGGUCGCAAAAUUAUCAAUUCACUAAGAUUCCAUUCGAUGAUUCGGCCACUUCACACAAAGCGUUGUAUGAGAAAAUUGGUGACAUGAAUCCAGUGCAGCUUUGGGAAAUGUUCAUCGAUGAGGAGGUGUUGAACCUGUUGGUUACUUCAACCAACCAAUAUGCUGCGACCAAAAAUUGCGCGCUAAUAAAAGAAUGUAUUUCAAGAGACAGAUUCAAACGAAUCAAACAGUUCUUUCACGUGUGUGACAACUCAGCAUUGAAUAUGAAAAACAAAUUUGCAAAAGUCGCACCAUUGAAUGACUUAUUGAACAAAAAAUUUCUUCAAUUUGGUGUUUUCUCUCACAACCUUUCCAUUGAUGAACAAAUGAUUGCCUACUACGGCCGACAUUCGUGCAAAAUGUUCAUCAAGGCAAAACCAAUUCGUUUCGGGUACAAGUAUUGGUGUUUGGCUUCGUCAGAAGGCUACUUGUAUCAACUACUUCCAUACGCUGGUGCAUCAGAACAGGAGGACCCAGGUUUCGGACUGGAAGAACGUGUUGUGCUAUCACUUCUUUCACAUCUGGAGGCCCGCGCCAAGCACACGGUUACGUUUGACAACUUUUUUACAAGUCACAAACUUAUGACUCGUUUGUCGAACGAUGGAUUCUUCGCUUUGGGAACUGCUCGUGAUAAUCGGACCAAUCAUGCCCCAUUAAUGGACAUCAAGGAAAUGAAAAAGAAGCCUCGCGGGACGUCUGACUUUCGUUUCGACCCGAACAAUUCUAUUUUGGCGGUGCGUUGGAAUGAUAAUGCGGUCGUGACCUUAUUAUCGAAUUAUCGGUAUGAUCGAAAGCAACGGAAAAUGGUUACUAUUGAGCAGCCGUAUUUGGUCAACGAAUACAAUCAUCUUAUGGGAGGUGUGGACCUUUUUGACAAUGCAAUGAAUAAUUAUCGAAUUCGGAUUCGGGGAAAAAAGUGGUAUUGGCCAUUAAUAACAAAUGCGUUUGACGCGGCUAUGGUAAAUGCAUGGAAGUUACAUUGCUUCUGUCGCAAGUAUGACAAGAAGCCACCGAUGUCUCAAUAUGAAUUUCGAGUGGAGGUGUGUGAAUCGAUUAUGAUCAAGUCCAGUUAUCAUCAUCCGGGUAGAACGUCGGCUUCCGGGGCACAACUGGCAAUGCGUUACGACCGUAUGGAUCAUUUCAUCGGAAAACUUAAUACUCGUCAUCGUUGUCCGCAAUGUGGUGGCAAAACUGAAUAUGGUUGCUUGAAGUGCCAAGUGAACUUGCAUCCCGCUCCUUGCUUUCUGGAUUACCACAACGGCGUUGAACCAGAUAAGAAAAAGAUUGGCAAGGCUAAGUAA